GAGGGACGGACUACCCGCCAAAAUUCAAGUGAGCAGAGAGAGGAGCUGGUCGGUUGUAAACACCGAGCUCGAACCGGGAGUUUAUUCACUUUUUAAGUUUGAUUUGACGGUAUUUAAACACCAACAACACCGCAAACUUUGACUCCGGAGCCUGCGGAGAGAGGACAGCUUUAGAAAAUGCACAUAAAGUCAAUUAUUGUCGAAGGAUUCAAGUCCUACGCGCAGAGGACGGAGAUCAACGGCUUCGACCCGCUGUUCAACGCCAUCACCGGGCUGAACGGCAGCGGCAAGUCCAACAUCCUGGACUCGAUAUGUUUCCUGCUGGGCAUCUCCAACCUCACACACGUGCGAGCCUCCAACCUCCAGGACCUGGUUUAUAAGAACGGACAGGGCGGCAUCACCAAGGCCACGGUGUCUAUCACCUUUGACAACUCCAACAAGAGCCAGAGUCCUCUGGGCUUCGAAACCCACGACGAGAUCACCGUCACCAGACAGGUGGUAAUCGGAGGCAGGAACAAGUACCUCAUCAAUGGAGUCAACGCCAACAACACCAGGGUGCAGGACUUGUUCUGCUCCGUUGGACUCAACGUCAACAACCCACAUUUCCUCAUCAUGCAGGGGAGGAUCACCAAAGUUCUUAACAUGAAGCCACCAGAGAUCCUCUCCAUGAUCGAGGAGGCGGCGGGAACCAGGAUGUACGAGUGUAAAAAGAUCAGCGCUCAGAAGACCAUCGAGAAGAAGGAGGCCAAGCUGAAGGAGAUUCAGACGAUUUUGGACGAGGAAAUCACUCCAACCAUGCAGAAGCUGCAGGAGGAGCGAUCUUCAUACCUGGAGUACCAGAAGCUGAUGCGUGAGAUCCAGCACCUGUCGCGUCUGUACGUGGCCUGGCUGUUUGUGUGCGCGGAGGAAACCAAGCUGAAGUCUGCGGAGAACCUGAAGCUGAUGCAGGAUAACAUCACCAAGAUGCAAGCCGGCAUGGCCGAGAACGAGAGCAAGCUCCAGGAACUGUCCGCUCAGAUCCAGGAGCUGCAGAAGAAAAGGGAUAAGGAGGUGAACGGAGUAUUAAAAUCUCUGGAGGAGACUCUCGCUGACGUGCAGCGCGUGGACGCCAAAGCUCAGAGUGCGCUUGACCUGAAAAAACAGAAUCUCAAAGAUGAAACCAAGAAGAGGAAGGAGCUGGUGAAGAGCAUGGAGGAGGACAAGAAAAUGCUCGUGGUGAAAGAGAAGGAGGUUUCCAAGCUGACGGAGCAGCUCAAGGCCGUACAGGAGGAGGGACAGAAGGACAGCGCAGCCCUGGAGGCGGCUGAGCAGCAUUUCAAGGCCGUGUCCGCCGGCCUUUCCACCAACGAGGACGGAGAGGAGGCCACGCUGGCUGGGCAGAUGAUGACCUGCAAGAAUGACAUGAGCAAGGCGGAUACUGAGGCCAAGCAGGCCCAGAUGACCCUGAAGCACGCCCAGGCCGAGCUCAAGACCAAACAGGCCGAGGUGAAAAAGAUGGACGGAGGCUACAAGAAGGACCAGGACGCCCUGCAGGCGGUCAGGAGCAGCAGAGAGAAACUCCAGGCCGAGCUUGAUAAACUCAGCUACGAAGACGGGAAGGAGGAAAACCUGCUGGACACGAGACGGCAGCUGUCCAGAGAGGUCGCCAAACUGAAGGAGACCUACGAGCGUCUCGUGUCUCGCUUCCCCAACUUGCGCUUCGACUACAAGGAUCCCGAGCGCGGCUGGGACCGCAGCAAAGUGAAAGGCCUGCUGGCUAACCUGAUCACAGUCCGCGACGUUUCCUACGCGACGGGCCUGGAGGUCGUGGCAGGAGGACGGCUCUAUAACAUCAUAGUGGACACAGAGGUGACUGGUAAGAAACUGCUGGAGAAGGGAGAGCUGCAGCGGAGGUACACCAUCAUUCCCCUGAACAAGAUCUCUGCCAAGACACUCAGCGACAGAGUGGUCGGCGCCGCCAAGAGUCUGGUCGGAGAGGACAACGUCCACACAGCUCUGUCCCUCGUGGGCUACGAGUCCGACCUGCGUAAGGCCAUGGAGUACGUGUUUGGCUCCACGCUGGUGUGUGACACCCUGGACAACGCCAAGAAAGUGGCUUUUGAUAAGCAGGUGAUGACCAAGACCGUCACACUUGGAGGAGACAUCUUCGACCCACAGGGAACUCUGAGCGGAGGCGCUCGCUCCCAGUCAGCAUCAGUCCUGACCAGCCUGCAGGAGCUGAAGGAGGUCCGGGACAACCUGAGCGAGAAGGAGGCCCAGCUUCAGGAUACCGAACGACAACUUGCCGGCCUGAAGGGAACCGCAGAGAAGUACCGUCAGCUGAAGCAGCAGCACGAGCUGAAGACGGAGGAGGAGCAGAUCCUGCAGGCCAAGCUGCAGCAGAGCUCCUUCCACCAGCAGCAGGAGGAGCUGGAGAGACUCCGCAAAGCCAUCGAGGAGAGCGAAGAGACUCUGCGCGUCACCAAGGAGGUGCAGAAACGAGCGGAGGAGAAGUACAAAGUCCUGGAGAACAAGAUGAAGAACGCCGAGGCGGAGAGGGAGAAGGAGCUGAAGGCGGCGCAGCAGAAACUCAACGCGGCCAAGGGCAAAGCCGACGCCUUCAACAAGAAGCUGAAGCAGAAGCAGCAGGAGUCUGACGCUGUGGGUCUGGAGCUGGAGGAGCUGAGGAGGGAGCAGGCCGGCUACGAGCAGCAGAUUCAGGCGGUGGAUGAAGCGAUGGCGGCGAUCCAGGAGCAGAUCGACAGCAUGGCGUGUACCGUGUCGCAGAACAAGGAGGCGGUGCGUAACGCUCAGGAGGAGCUCGCCAAGCAGAAAGAAGUGAUCAUGGCUCAGGACAAAGAGCUCAAGGGGAAGAGCACAGAGGCCAAUAAAAUCAGGGAGCAGAACAACGAAGCUCAGCUGAAGAUCAAGGAGCUGGAGCACAACAUCAGUAAACACCGCAAGGAGAGCCAGGACGCCGCCGACAAGGUGUCUCGGAUGCUGGAGGAACACGACUGGAUCCAGUCGGAGCGUCAGUUCUUCGGCCAGCCCAACACCUCGUACGACUUCAAGACCAACAACCCGCGCGAGGCCGGCCAGCGGCUGAAGAAGCUGGAGGAGACGACCAACAAGCUGGAGAGGAACGUCAACAAGAGGGCCAUGAACAUGCUGAACGAAGCAGAGGAGCGGUACAACGACCUGAUGAAGAAGAAGAGGAUCGUGGAGAACGACAAAGCAAAGAUCCUGCAGACCAUCGAGGAGCUGGACCAGAAGAAGAACGAGGCUCUCAACUUGGCGUGGCAGAAGGUCAACAAGGACUUCGGCUCCAUUUUCUCCACUCUGCUGCCCGGAGCCACUGCCAAGCUGGCUCCUCUUCAGGGCUGCGGCGUCCUUGAGGGUCUUGAAUUCAAGGUGGCGUUGGGCAACACCUGGAAAGAGAACCUCACAGAGCUCAGCGGUGGGCAGAGAUCCCUGGUGGCGCUGUCCCUCAUCCUCGCCAUGCUGCUGUUCAAACCCGCUCCCAUCUACAUCCUGGACGAGGUGGACGCUGCCCUCGAUCUGUCGCACACGCAGAACAUCGGGCAGAUGCUGAGAGCGCAUUUCAGACACUCACAGUUUGUGGUCGUGUCCCUGAAGGACGGCAUGUUCACCAACGCCAACGUCCUCUUCAAGACCAAGUUUGUGGACGGCAUGUCCACGGUGACGCGCACCGCGCUCAGCCAGAGCGACGCCAACGUCCAACCCCAGAAGGGCGUCGACAAAGCUCGACAGAAAGACAAGAGGAGCAAGCCGCUCAUCAGCUGAUCGUCGACCUCCGUCAGUUCAUAGAACAGAGACGUGAUGUGUCUCUGCUCGUCUGUCUCACGUGUCUGUCUCCUUCUUUACGUCUGUGUGUGUUUUAAACAUUUUAAAUGUCUUCUGUCUGAACUGUUCUCUCUCUGCACACGAUCAGUUUCUAUUUAUCUGUCGUGUUCAUAUAUUUUACUAAAUAAAGCAGAUCAAAUAUUCA